AUGUUCAAAUAUAUAGUAAAUAAAUUGAAGAAGGUGACAACAAACCAUGUUUUCAAUAGGAAUAAUAUAUACCCGGACCCUGAGUCGGAGAAGGCGAUAAUGGGAUCAGUGGUGUACUGCAUCCAUCACAAAGAAGGAUGCAAGUGGUCAGAUGAACUCAAACUGUUGAAGGCGCACCUCAACACGUGCAAGCACGACGCGGUGCUCUGCGCGGCACAGUGCGGGGCGAUGAUACCGCGUCUGCUCAUGCAGGACCACCUGCGCUACACCUGCCCGCGCCGCCGCGCCAACUGCGAGCACUGCGGGAAGGAGUUCUCGGGCAGUGCACUUGAGGAUCACCAAGACAACUGUGGCCACGAGCCUGUUUACUGCGAGAACAAGUGCGGGGCCAAAGUGCAGCGACGCUACACGCAGCAGCACGCGCAGCAACACUGCAGCAAGCGGCUGGUCCCCUGUCGCCAUUGCGGACAGCGGUACACACAGGAUACUCUAUCGGCGCACGGCGCGCUGUGCUCGCGCGCGCCGGUGCCGUGCCCGCAGCGCUGCUCGGCGGCGCCGGCGCGGGACGAGCUCGACGCGCACCUGCGCGAACACUGCGCCGCCGGCGCCGCGCCCUGCGGGUACAGGGACGCGGGCUGCAGGUUUAAGGGCACAAGACAAGCACUAGAAAGACACACGGAAGAGAGCUCGCAGCAGCACCUGGCGCUGGUGUCGGCGCUGGCGAGCCGCCAGGCGCGGCAGCUGGACGCGCUGCGCGCCGCCGUCGCGCGCCUCGCCUGCAACUACUCGGGCGCGCUCGUGUGGCGCAUCAACGACUGGGCCGCCAAGAUGGCCGAGGCCAAGUGCAAGGAGGGAUUCGAACUCACUUCCCCCGCCUUCUACACGAGCCAGUAUGGAUAUAAGUUGCAGGCAUCACUGUUUCUAAACGGCAACGGCGCGGGCGAGGCGACGCACAUGUCCGUGUACAUCAAGAUCCUACCGGGCGAGUACGACGCGCUGCUGCGCUGGCCCUUCGCGCACUCCGUCUCCUUCACGCUGUUCGACCAGAGCUCGAGCCCCGACCGCGCCUGCAACAUCGUCGAGAGCUUCGUGCCGGACCCCACGUGGAAAAACUUCCAAAGACCAUCGAAGGAACCCGACGCGCUAGGCUUCGGAUUUCCCAGGUUCGUGUCCCACGAAAUGCUCAAAAAGAGAAACUUUGUCAAAGACGACGUCAUGUUUCUAAGAGUAAAAGUCGAUCCCAGCAAAAUUGUUGCGGUC